UCGGACGGGCUCGAUUAUCGUCGACCGUUGUCGCGAACGUGCGAGCAUUAUAACACUGACGAUGAUAAUAUUAUAAUAUUUUAUAACACCCGGCCCAGACCUUUUAGACCGUUCCGAAAACCGCGAUCCGUCUCCUCCGCCUUCGCCCGCGAAUACAUUAUAAUAAUAUACUUUAAACGUUAAUACAACUUAUAUUGAUCACGAGUCGUAUGUGCGGUGUCCGUCAAAUAUUGUUAUAAUAUUAUUAUAUACAGUGCAUGCGUGUUCGUCUUUGCAGCGUCAAACGUACCAAUCUACACGUUAAUAUAGUCAUAAUUUAUUUAAUAUUACAUCGUACGCCUCCACGAAAUGUCGUCGAAUCCCAUUCGAGGAAUCCGGCGAAAAAAAUCGUCGCUCACUGAAGUGAAGAUAGCUGUUUUGGGGGCUCCAGGCGUCGGCAAAAGCGCAUUGACCGUGCGGUUUUUAACAAAAAGAUAUAUUGGCGAAUAUGAUCACCAAGCUGAAACGAGGUACAAGCAUGAAGUGAUGGUGGACAGCGAACCGAUUCUUUUCGAGAUACUAGACACCUGUCCAAAAAAUGAUGAAGAGUUACCUUUGAAUGACGUUUACAAUUGGGCGGAUGCGCUUGUGCUGGUGUUUGCAAUAACAGAUAGACGUUCCUUCAAUUACGUUCGCCGAGUAAAACAAACUAUGUUGGACGCUUUUGAAAUGCCCGUGGCGCUGGUGGCCAACAAGGCUGAUAUGGUUCAUCUCAGACAAGUCAGCACGGAAGAAGGCGAAAUAUUGGCGAAAGAUUUCGAAUGUUGUUUCACCGAAGUGGCGGCCGCCGAGCAAGUGGGACAGAUCGCCGAGGUGUUCCUUGAAGUUUGCAGAGAAGUGUUGAGUGUCCGGCGGAAAAACAAACAAUCGUUGCUGGACCGGAUGUUGGGCGGAAAGACGGCUGUUGUAAAGGCGUACGCCCGUGGUAAAAGCGACAGCGCUUUGCCAAAAGAAUAACUCAUUUGACACCGCAAACACUGCAAUCUUACGGAUUUAGAGUUACAACCACGUGGUAUAUAAUAUAUAGUAUAUAUAUAUAUAUACAUAAGUAUAUGACACAUAAUAUAUACAAGGUAAUUAUUUUUGACGCGGACAAUAUUUUGGUAGUUAAGUUAAAGGAAUUUUCAAAAGUUUGUGGACAUACUGUUCUACAUUUUCUAUAAUUUCAGUAUUUUUGUCCUCGACAUUAGGAAAAAAAUUAUAAUUCCUCACAUAUAAUAUUAUUGGAUUAUCCAAAUAUAAUAUACUGUCUGGUUCGUGAUAAAAGAAUUACCCUGUAGUCUGUACCUAUGUGUAAUAUUGUUAUUUAUUUUGUAUACGAUAACGAAAUAUAAUAUUAUGGUCAUGGUGUUUAUAUAAUAUAUUAUA